AUGCUUGCCGCGGUCGGGCAACCGGUGCCCAACACCGCUCAUGCCGUCAGCGUCUCUUUGCCGUCAUGGGCAGCCACUGUGGGUUACGAAGAAGGGCAAGAUUGGGUAGUGUCUAAAAUGGAGACCGGAUAUCCCAGGUUCUUCAUUCACCUAACCAUCCAAGAACUCCAGAGGGAAAUCUUAAAGCUCUAUGGCAGGGUUGGGGAGAGUGUCAUGCUCUUUCCGUCCCUCGCUACAGCCAAAAGGUGUCAGAAAUUCUUCUAUGACAAGGUCCCUGACCUGGGAACGGAAUCGGUGAGAAUUUUACAAUUGGAACCACUCGUCGAAAAACAUAAGAGCCACGAGACUGCCUUCUCUGGGCUGGCAUGUGUUUUCUUUCCCAAGGACUAUUUUAGUGUCGCGAAGCAAGUAUGGCAGCACACCGGAGAUGGGAUAUCCAGCCGGCGUGGAGAGUUCUGCUUAAAAGCAUUAAAAGACGGUAUACUCCAACCAGAGGCGGCCCAGACGAAGGAGACAACAGACGACAUGCUCUUUACCAAAGGAUUUACCAAAGGCCCUCGACGAUAUCAACGACCAGCGUCUCGAAAUGGAGUGGUCAACGACGGCACUGUCCCCCUCGAACCAGCCACAAACGGCUCUCUAAAUGAGGGCGAAGACAAAGACUUUCCUCAAUUCGUAGAGGAGCGGUUCGGCCGCAAUCUCAGCGUCAAACUCGCCCAGCAGGCGAAGCUCGCGAUUCGUCGCAGGAUCAGUGGGUGUCUCACAGACGAUGUAGACUUGGAUCAAGCAUUGGCCGAAUCUCCGAACGACUGUAACAGCAGACAAACUGGGCUUUCGCAGGACGACGUCUACCUCUACCCCUGUGGAAUGUCGUCGAUCUUCAACACGCACCGGAUCCUCCUGGCCAACGCCGAGGCAAAGGGACAAAAGCCCAGAAAGAGCAUCUGUUUCGGCUUCCCUUACAUUGACACCCUCAAGAUUCUAGAGAAGUGGGGUCCAGGGUGUCUCUUCUAUGGACUCGGGAGUUCAGCCUGUCUGGCCGAUCUCGAGCGGCGUUUGGAGUCCGGGGAGCGGUACCUGGCUUUGUUCACCGAGUUUCCGAGCAAUCCGCUCCUCAACUCGCCAGACCUCCAACGCAUCCGCACGUUGGCGGACAAAUAUGACUUCGCAGUUGUCGUGGACGAAACUGUCGGCAACUUCACCAACAUUGAUGUCCUCAGCCGCGCAGACGUGGUGGUUAGCAGCCUGACCAAGCUGUUUAGCGGUGACAGUAACGUCAUGGGCGGCAGUGCCGUGCUGAAUCCCCAGAGCAAAUGGUACGCCGAACUCAAACAAACAAUGGCGCGCGAGUAUGAGGACAAUUACUGGGCGGAAGAUGCGGUAUUUAUGGAACGCAACUCGCGGGACUUCAUCUCCCGGAGCGAGCGCAUGAACACGAACGCUGAGGCGAUCACGACCAUCCUGCAAAACAGCUCGUUGGUCAAGCAGGUCUACUAUCCGAAAUGCAGCCCCAGCCGGCCCAACUACGAGGCCUGUCGCACACCCACUGGUGGGUACGGCGGCUUACUCUCUGUGACAUUCCGCCACCCCAAGCAGGCGAUCGCAUUCUUUGACGCUCUCGAAGUCCAGAAAGGUCCCAGCCUGGGCACGAAUUUCACGCUGGCGUGUCCCUACACGAUCCUUGCACACUACACCGAACUGGACUGGACAGCACAAUGGGGAGUGGAGGCGGAUCUUGUUCGAUUGAGCGUUGGCUUGGAGGAGCCUGCAGAGCUGACGGCCAAGGUUGAACGAGCAUUGAAAGCAGCAGAGGAUGUGGAGGUAUAG